AUGUUGUCUAUGUCUCGUCUCCAGAUGGUGCGCUAUGCACAGACAGCAGUCGCCCCGGCAUCUGAGCCCAGAAUCAAGAAGUUCCAGAUCUACCGCUGGGACCCAGACACAAUGGGGGACAAGCCACGCAUGCAGACAUACGAAAUUGACCUCAACAAGUAAGUACAACGACAGUAUAGGUCUUCACUUGUUUCAAACCUAGCAAUGUCAGCGUAUAGUCUGCAUUGAUGGAAUUGCUCUCAUUGAUUAAAUAUCUGCAUUGUUAACAAAUCCUUCUCCCUACUAUUACAGCUGUGGCCCCAUGGUUUUGGAUGCCCUCAUUAAAAUCAAGAAUGAGAUGGACCCCACGCUCACAUUCAGACGCUCCUGCAGAGAGGGUAAGGCAUGAAGAGCAAUUUGCAGAGAGGAUAGAAAAGUGGUUGUCAUCAUUAUGGGUAGAAAGUAGAAAUCAUAAAAUAUAGACCUAUAAAUAUAGUGCAUCCUAUUCUACAAUGAUGGAGCAUCAUGAAAUAUGAAAUUAGCCUUGGUGUGGAGUUGUCCUUUUCAGUGGUGUGAUAUACAGUACCAGUCAAAAGUUUGGACACACCUUCUCAUUCAAGGGUUUUUCUUUAUUUUUACUAUUUUUUACAUUGUAGAAUAAUAGUGAAGACAUCAAAACUAUGAAAUAACAUAUGGAAUCAUGUAGUAACUAAAAAAGUGUUAAACAAAAUAUAUUUUAAAUUUGAGAUUCUUCAAAUAGCCACCCUUUGCCUUGAUGACAGCUUUGCACACUCUUGGCAUUCUCUCAACUAGCUUCACCUGGAAUGCUUUUCCAACAGUCUUGAAGGAUUUCCCACAUAUGCUGAGCACUUGUUGUCUGCUUUUCCUUCACUCUGCCGUCCGACUCAUCCCAAACCAUCUCAAUUGGGUUGAGGUCGGGUGAUUGUGGAGGCCAGGUCAUGUGAUGCAUCACUCUCCUUCUUGGUAAAAUAGCCCUUACACAGCCUGGAGGUGUUUUGGGUCAUUGUCCUGUUGAAAAACAAAUGAUAGUCCCACUAAGCCCAAAGCAGAUGGGAUGGCGUAUCUCUGGAAAAUGCUGUGGUAGCCAUGCUGGUUAAGUGUGCCUUGAAUUCUAAAUAAAUCACAGACAGUGUCACCAGCAAAGCACCCCCACAGCAUAACACCUACUCCUCCAUGGUUUUCGGUGGGAAAUACACAUGCAGAGAUCAUCCGUUCGCCCACACCGCGUCUCACAAAGACACGGCGGUUGGAACCAAAAAUCUCCAAUUUGGACUCAUUUGGACACAUUUCCACCGGUCUAAUGUCCAUUGCUCAUGUUUCUUGGCCCAAGCAAAUAUCUUCUUCUUAUUCGUGUCCUUUAGUAGUGGUUUCUUUGCAGCAAUUCGACCAUGAAGGCCUGAUUCACACAGUCUCCUCUGAACAGUUGAUGUUGAGAUAUGUCUGUUACUUGAACUCUGUGAAGCAUUUAUUUGGGCUGCAAUUUCUGAGGCUGGUAACUCUAAUGAACUUAUCCUCUACAGCAGAGGUAACUCCGGGUCUUCCAUUCCUGUGGCGGUCUUCAUGAGAGCCAGUUUCAUCAUAGCGCUUGAUGGUUUUUGCGACUGCACUUGAAGAAACUUUCAAAGUUCUUGAAAUGUUCCGUAUUGACUGACCUUCAUGUCUUAAAGUAAUAAUGAACUGUCGAUUCUCUUUGCUUAUUUGAGCUGUUCUUGCCAUAAUAUGGACUUGGUCUUUUACCAAAUGUAAAUAGGGCUAAGUUCUGUAUACCUUGUCACAACACAACUGAUUGGCUCAAACGCAUUAAAAGGAAAGAAAUUCCACAAAUUAACUUUUAAGAAGGCACACCUGUUAAUUUAAAUGCAUUCCAGGUGAGGACCUCACGAAGCUGGUUGAGAGAAUGCCAAGCGUGUGCAAAGCUGUCAUCAAGGCAAAGGGUGGCUAUUUGAAGAAUCUCAAAUAUAAAAUAUAUUUAGUUUAACACUUUUUUGGUUACUACAUGAUUCCAUAUGUGUUAUUUAAUAGUUUUGAUGUCUUCACUAUUAUUCUACAAGGUAGAAAAUAGUAAAAAAAUAAAGAAAAACCCUUGAAUGAGUAGGUGUGUCCAAACUUUUGACUGGUACUGUACAUGCAUCUUGCUCUAGGUAUCUGCGGCUCAUGUGCCAUGAACAUCAACGGAGGCAACACACUGGCCUGCUUAAACAAAAUAGACAUCAAUACCAGCAAACCGAUCAAAAUCUACCCACUCCCACACAUGUACGUUGUCAAAGAUCUGGUGCCGGUGAGUAUUAUGGUUACAUUUAGAAGUAAAUUAAUACUGAUUAUUAUAGCUGCGUUAAAAUAUAACAAACCUAAAAGACAAACACUGAAUAAAACAAUGCAAUGUUUAGUCACCAUGUGUUAGCCUAUAUUUUGUUGACUAAGGGUGUCAAUGUAUUGUGUGUGCCUCUACAGGACAUGAGUAACUUCUAUGCCCAGUACAAGUCCAUCGAGCCCUUCCUGAAGAAGAAAGACGAGUCUCAGGAGGGCAAGGAGCAGUACCACCAGACUGUGGAAGACAGGCAAAAGCUGGUACAUAUUUCAUCCCCUGACCAGUGGCAGCAGAUUUCAGUAGCUAUACUAUCAAUGCAUCAAAUGCAAUUUGAAGUACAUAUACCCAUUUGAUUAAGAUGUCAGAAAGGGACAAUGUAGUAUUUUGUUGGGAUGAAGUGACCUAGUCAGUUGAACCAAUUUACUUUGCUGCAUUGAGACCUUGUAUCGCCCUUGCGAAGGAAAGAUAUAUUUACUUUUUUGAGCAUUUUAUACAUGUGAACCACACUUUGCUAUAGCUUUCUGGAGUUUCAACUUACCACUUUGUAUAUUCGAACAAAUGUUAUAUUGUUAGAGCAGAAGGAGUUCUCAUUACAAAAUAAAUCUGAUCUCUAAUGGUCCUCCUCUCCCAGGACGGUCUGUAUGAGUGCAUUCUCUGUGCCUGCUGUAGCACCAGCUGCCCUAGCUACUGGUGGAAUGGAGACAAGUAUCUGGGCCCUGCUGUCCUCAUGCAGGUGUGUAUUGGUUUUUUAGUGAAUAUAUAAAUUAAAUUAAAUUAAAUUUGACAGGGAGAACCGAUGUCUAAAAACAAAGUAAAGCCUUUUCAACAGGCAUAUAAUUGGAUGAUUGAUUCACCUAAUGAGUCUGGCACCCCCAUCCCAGAGAUUAGCAUUUUAUGAUCUUGCUGUAUGUAGUAAAUUAAUCUGAUUAAUGUGUUUCCCUCCUCAACAGGCCUAUCGUUGGAUGAUUGAUUCACGUGAUGAGUUCACAGAGGAACGACUGUCGAAGCUCCAGGACCCUUUCUCUCUCUACCGCUGUCACACAAUCAUGAACUGCACUAAGACAUGCCCCAAGGUACACUCAACACCUGAAUAGACUGCAUCUGGUUUAGCCUUCCUUUGCUAAACCAAACCACCAUUUCUAAAUACAGUAAUAAGACUAGUGUAGAGUUCAGCACAGUGGACUUCAGACCAUUUAUACAACACAUGCAGCUUAAAGGUAAUUAUCACUGAUCCCUUUCUGUCAUGUUACUCAUCUGGCUAUCUUUAUUUACCUUUAUUUUGUUUGAAUUCCACAGGGACUCAACCCAGGAAAGGCUAUUGCUGAGAUCAAGAAAAUGAUGGCAACAUACAAAGAGAAAAAGUCAUUAACCCCAUGA